GUGAGCUUUCUACCACAACAACAUCCCGAAAGCCAUUUCUUUCAAACCUAUUUGCUACUUUAGCACCGUGCUGGACGGAUCUGCCAUAGAGGAUAUAUGUUCGGUAAAGGUGCGAAGCGGAAGCUGGACGAGGAUGAAGAGGGGCUGGAAGGCAAAACGCUGGAGGCGUCGGUGGCGGGAGGGGGAGUAGGCCUCGGUCCCGAGGGCCUAUCCAAGGUAUCGUACACCCUGCAGCGCCAGACCAUCUUCAACAUCUCCCUGAUGAAGUUGUACAGCCAGCGGCCACUUGGCGAGCCCAGCCUGGAGCGCCGCGUCCUCAUCAACAACAUGCUGCGACGCAUCCAGGAUGAACUCAAGCAGGAGGGUUCCCUGCGGCCGCUGCUCCUGCCACCGUCGCCACCACCCGACGAUCCCAUGGACGAGGGCUUCCGUGAGGCGCCACCCUCCUUUGGUGUUUUGUCAGCAACAGCGACAGCACAGUUGAUGCCGGUGAUCGCUCCGCCGCCUUCACCCCACCCAAUGGUGCCUCCCAACUGCCAGGCAUCCCAGGCCUGCCCCAGCCGUGUGGAGGCCUGCCUCGCCCCUCUGGAAGCCUGCCUCACCCCAGCCUCUUUACUGGAGGAGGACGGUGGAGAUUCAACCUUUUGUGCUCCAUCCCCACCCACCCCUCCUCUGUCGCCUCCCCCAGCUCAGUCUCCCACAUUACCUUCGGCACUUCUGGGCCAGGCGUCCCCCAGGGUCCCUGUGCCUGCCUCGUCCACUGACGGUUUCCCCUCCACUCUGAGUGACAUGGAGUUGGGUCCUCCCACAGCCAUAACAAGGACAGCAGCAGCUAAUACUAUGACCGUGACUACCUCCCCAGCUCCCACGCCACUCACCCGGCCCUCCCACUUAGCACCCCUCCUCCCAACACCCUCCUGCCCACCCAGAGACUAUAGGACCAUGGGUGCUAAACCAGAGGCAGCUGGCGUCUUGCUGGCAGAAUCUCGCUGUGCCGAGCUCCGGCCGAUGGACACUCUGCCCACACUGCCCCCUGGCGGCUUAGUAGACAUUUCCUCCUGUCCUUCCUCCCCUCCUUCCUCUGCCUCACCCUCGGGGUUUCUCUCAGACUUGGCGCUGGACGACGUCCUGUUCGCCGACAUCGACACGUCCAUGUAUGACUUUGACCCCUGUACGACAGCAGGGGCCGUGGGCGUGACAGCGGGCGGUGGCCUCGCCAAAUUGUCACCAGUGGUGACAACAGACGACCUCCUCAAAUCGCUGACGUCACCGUACAGUGGCUCCGCCCCCCAGGUUUCAGCCAAUCAGCCUUUCAAAAUCGAUCUGACAGAACUGGACCACAUCAUGGAGGUGUUGGUGGGUUCGUGACUUGCGGACGCCACCGCCACAAACACACAAACAGUUUAAUCCGCAGAACAGACUGGAAUGAAAAUUUGGGAUCGCUUCGGGGGUUUUCUUGGUUGUUGUUUUUAUGUUUUUUAAAAAAAACUUUCUUCAGAGGUCGGUAAUUGUAAACAUCGAUGGUGAUGUCAAUUAGUACUACUAUGACAACUACUACUACUACACAACACUGUGCAUGCACUGUGCUCGCCUUUCCAAAUAUGGAAUGAAGUAACUGGGAAACAAAGACACAAUUAAGUUUGUAUUUCUAUACUUGUGAGGACCUCCAUUGACUCCAUUCAUUCCCAAACCCUAAUUUAAACCUAAUCCUAGUUCUAAUCUUUAACCUGAACCUAAGCCUUAACCCUGAGGAGUAACUGUACAUAGAGAAACAGGAGGACCGGCAAAUUGUCCUCAUUCUUGAGGAUUUUGCAAUCAUUAUAUCCUUGUGAGGACUUCUACUUCUCACAGGUAAAG